AUGGCCGUCCCCGCCCCCGCAACGAUUGCCCGUCCAACCGGCGAGACCCUGCGCGGCAAGCAGAAAGAAAAGGACGUGCGAAUGUCCAACAUCAUUGCUGCAAAAGCCAUCGCCAACGCUAUUCGCACCAGCCUCGGACCCCGUGGCAUGGACAAGAUGAUCCAGCAGAGCAAUGGAGAAGUGAUCAUUUCGAACGACGGCGCGACGAUCUUGAGCCAGAUGCAAGUGUACCACCCAACAGCGAAGAUGCUCGUGGACCUGUCCAAGUCACAGGACAUUGAAGCUGGAGACGGCACCACGAGCGUCUGUGUGAUCGCUGGCGCCCUUCUGGGUGCCUGCGAAGACCUCCUGCUCAAGGGCAUCCACCCGACCAACAUCUCGGAAGCUUUUGGCCUUGCUGCAGUCAAAGCCGAAGAGAUCUUGACGCACAUUUCGAAGCCCGUGGAGCUCGCGAACCGUGAAGAGCUCAUCAAUUGUGUCAACACGUCGCUCUCGUCCAAAGUCAUUUCCGAGUACGCGGACCAAUUGUCGCCGAUUGCCGUCGACGCUGUGCUCAAAGUAAUUGACAUUGCCACGGCCACGAACGUGGACUUGAACGCCGUGCGCGUCGUGCAGCAGCUCGGAGGCACGAUUGACGACUCGGAGCUCGUGGACGGACUUGUGUUCAGCAAGGGCUUUGACAAGACGGCGAGCAGCACGGGCCCUACGACGAUAGAGAAUGCGAAGAUUGCGCUCAUCCAGUUUUGUCUGUCUGCACCAAAGGCAGACAUGGAGAGCAACGUGGUGAUCAACGACUACGCUGCGAUGGACCGCAUCUUGCGCGAGGAGCGCAAGUACAUUUUGAACCUCUGCAAGAAGGUGAAAAAGUCGGGCGCGACUGUGUUGCUGAUCCAAAAGAGCAUCUUGCGGGAUGCGACGAACGACUUGUCGCUGCACUUUUUGGCCAAGAUGGGCAUUCGUGUGAUCACGGACAUUGAACGCAACGACAUUGAGCACAUUGCUACGACGCUGGGGUGCCUGCCUGUGGCGAACAUUGAGUGUCUGACGCCCGAGAAGCUUGGCACGGCGGGGCUGGUGCAGGAAGAGACGGUGGGCGGCCACAAGGUCGUCAAGAUCACAGAGGUUGUACACCCGGGCAAGACCGUGUCGAUUCUUGUGCGCGGUUCCAACAAGCUGGUUCUUGAAGAAGCUGGGCGAUCUCUACACGACGCUCUGUGUGUAGUACGCUCGCUGGUCAAGAAGCGCUUUUUGAUUUGCGGUGGUGGUGCACCUGAAAUCCAGGUGGCUCAGAAGCUGGCUGCCUACGGCCGCACACUGGAAGGCACGGCUAGCUACUGCUUGCAGUCGUUCGCUGAUGCAAUGGAGGUCGUACCGUACACACUGGCAGAGAACGCUGGUCUCCACCCGAUCGGCAUCGUGACGGAGCUGCGCGCGAAGCACGCGCAGGGACACACGAGCAUGGGCAUUAACGUGCGCAAGGGCGCCAUUAGUGAUAUGUAUGAGCUCAACGUGCUGCAGCCCCUCCUUGUGAGCACGAGCGCGAUCUCGCUGGCCACGGAGUGCGUCCGCAUGAUCCUCAAGAUUGACGACAUCGUGAUGGUCCGGUAA